AUGAGCGAAGCCCACCAAGUCAGCACCUACUGUGACGGACUCAAGCGUGCGACACAAGCCUACGUCAAGCUUCAGAAUGCGACGCCGCUGAGUGAGGCAAUAGACAAAGCUGCCAAAUAUGAGAUGUCUCAUUUAAGUGGUGAACACAAGGCAACUCGCGAGAAACCGAGGCGUGAGCAACAGCCCGUGGACGGACGAGCUCCAGCCAGUUCCGCGACAAGAAGUCCGUUCAGCAAGGAGUCCUUCAAUCCGGGUCACUUCGUCCCCGCGGAACAGACCAAGGUAGGGUAUGUGUGCUACUUUUGCAAGAAGCCUGGACACUUCAAGCGUGACUGCAAGAAGCUGAAGAGUGACGAGGGAAAGGAUUAG